UUUUGGGCUGUGCUAUCCCGAGAAUCGUGGAAUGCACCCGAGUACGGCAGAUGGUACUUUUGGGUAGUCGUUAGUAGCGUAUUACAAGAACGCUACAUAAAUAUUGUCGUGGUCACGAGAAUGGUGACUCAACAAUGUCUCUUCGACCUCCAUUCACCUUGCAGACCGCCUUGAAAAAGGUCAAGGUCGCCCAGGAUCUCUGGAACACCAGAUCACCUGCCAAGAUUGCUCUCGCCUACACCCCCGAUACCAUUUGGAGGAACCGAGACAGCUUUCUCCAAGGAAGGCCCGCAGUAGAAAAGUUUCUGCAGGCAAAAUGGGAAAAGGAACACCAUUAUGUGCUAAGGAAAGAGUUGUUCGCUUUCAUGGACAACAAGAUUGCUGUCCAAUUUUUCUGCGAAUGGAAUGAGAAACCGGAUGCGACGGGCCAGUGGUUCAGGACAUAUGGACUUGAAGAUUGGACAUUCGACGAGUCGGGCCUCAUGAGGAAACGUAUGAUGAGCGGCAACGACGUACCCAUCGCACCUGAGGUCCGCUGGUUCAAGGAGGGCGUGGAUAUCGAAUCCGUCGACAUUGGAGAAGCACAUUUAUGAUUCAGCAGUAGCUAUCACAAUGCAAUGUAUCCCUACAGAUCUUCAACAUCCCCUACUCAAUAUGAGAUAUGAAAACAAUACGGGCGACCGUGGUCAUGAAUCAAUUUAGCUCCCAUAAAAUGAG